AUGGACGACCUGAAUGUAGCAACGCCGCAUCGGCUGAAUGUCGAAACCCCAAGUGACGAUAGACAGCAUCGAAAUACGAUGCUCAGUCUUUCGGGACUCCUUCUGCUCAUGGUUCUGGCGGCUUAUGCAACGAACCCAACGAGCUUUAACUCGAACGUACACAGCGCAGCCUUCACCCCCAUGGAGACGGAUGAUCCUACUAUCAGUACAAACGGAGCGAUAGACGCAGCACCUCCAACCAGUGAAUCCACCUCGCGAUCCGUUAAUAUCGGCAUGGGAUGUCCAGAAUUCCAGCUCGCUUAUGACAGCGCGACACCAGGAAGUUCUACGCCGUUCCGGUCAUUCACUUUAACAAAAGGCAGUGGAUAUGCCCACGUGGGGCUUCGCUUUAGCAAGCUCUGGAUGCCAAGUGGUGUCUCUGUUAUUCUCCGUGCAGUUGAAGGUUUCGACACGCCAGAUCGGAUGUUAAACUUGUCAAGAAACUAUCCCAGUGGUCGAAACUAUGGUAAUGUGGUAGCCCCUCCAGUUCUCACAAAAGAGUUUCGGAUCGAGUUUUACCGUGAUGAAACCAGUCCAGAUACUGUCGACGAGACGGAUUUUAUCGGAAAUGCCUUCAGUGUAGCCGACAGUGACUCGAAAUGCUUCGGCUUUGUGGUCGACUCGUACGAUUACGUUCUCAUGAACUCUAAAGAACCGAUUGUCGCUACCGGUGCGUCGAUCUGUGCUGCAGAUAAUACAUAA